AUGCUCCAGCCGUACAGGGGGCCAUCCACACGCCACAGAUGCCCCAAGUGCGGAGACCUCCACAGCUUCACGUACUACAUUGAUACACGCAAGUAUCAGGACAGCGGCGAGGUGGCCAUAUACAGCGAGGACUGCGGCCGCUGCGACAACGAGAACACCUGCGGCUACAUCAAAUACCCACAGGGCACCGAGCAGGCCGUCACCAUAGGCCACAUAGAGCGCAAGCCCCCGGUAUUCUACACAAGGGAGGAUGUUAAGAUGUUUGCCGCAUCAAGAAACGGCAACAACCUCGUGAAAUUCCUUCUGGAGAGGGCUGGUUUCGAUGCCGACAGGCUGCGCAAGAUUCUCGUGGAUUACUGCAUAGGGUCCACCAGCAACCGUGGCAUAGUGUUCUGGCAGAUAGAUCACCGCUACAACAUCCACCGGGGCAAGAUAAUGUGGUAUCGUGAGGACGGCCACAGGGAGAAAUACCCCGACGGCCACGGAAUGAUACAGUCGAUGUGGAAGCUGCUGGAUCGUGACAGGGAGGUGGAGCCGGAAAUAGUACUCUGCGUUGAUACCACUGCU